AUGAUGAGACAGAUUGCCGCUAACGAGAAAGCCGUGAAGAACAUGGCGAAGCGUCAGGAGGCUUUCGAACAGGAGUUUGUCCAGAAUCGGACGGAGUGGCAAGAGUACGUGAAGAAACAGGAUGUGGCAGUUGUUGAAAUGAAAGCCGACUUCAAAAAGCAGUGCAACCAUUUGGUGGCCCACAAUUCAGAAAUCAUGAAGGAUAUUCGCAGAGACUACGCCAAAGAGAUUGCCUACAUCCAAGAAACCCGACUGGGGAUUGCGAAGACCUUGGAAGAACUGGGGCGAACCCUAGAAGACAUGGAAGACAAAUUGGCGAUUGAGAGGCGACGCAUUGAUGUCAUCCAUAGUGAGAUUUGCAAGGAAAUUGAAGACCUCCAUCGGUGGCGCAAUACAGACCGGGCUUUCAUGGAGGCGGAUGUUCAUCAGUUCCGGACGGACCUGAAUAAAGAAAAAGAGGGACAAACGCACCUACGCUGGGCACUCAGAGCUUGUCCAAGCGUUGCCUGUAACCAAUGGGCGGCUAGGGGAGAAGUUUGCCGUACUAGUAGCUGUGUGCUUUCCCAAAGGAAGAUAGGACAGGCAGUCAGGGAACCCAAAGCUGGCGCCCAACCGUGA